GCUCCGUUCACGCUCCUGUGUGCCAGGCAGUGUGCUGCGUGCACAGCCGGGGGCUUUCAGGACCGAGCGCAGCCAGCCUGGACGGCUACACACACCGACCAAGCCGCGAGUCCUGCCCGGGGCCCAUCUGGAGCAUCCUCCCCGCUCGGGGCAGCCCGGGGGCGCAGGCCGAGCCGGGGCGCGGCCCGGAGCGCGCUGCGCCUUCCAGAGAGGGCGGCGCGAGGGAGGGAGCGAGGGAAGGGAAGGCGAGCGCGAGCUGCCUCAAAUGCUUGGAAUAAUUCCGCUUCCGUUUGGAAAGCCGCAGCCUCAGUCCCGCCGCCGCCCGCCGUGUCCGCCCAGCGCCCGCUCCGCGUUUCCACCGGCCCGCGGCUGUCCGCGCCGCUGCCAUGGCCUCCUCCCCGCAGAAGUCGCCUUCAGUCCCCAAGUCCCCCACUCCCAAGUCACCCCCUUCCCGCAAGAAAGAUGACUCCUUCUUGGGGAAACUCGGAGGGACUCUGGCCAGGAGGAAGAAAGCCAAGGAGGUGUCCGAGCUUCAGGAAGAGGGAAUGAAUGCCAUCAACCUGCCCCUCAGCCCAAUUCCCUUCGAGCUGGACCCUGAGGACACGAUGCUGGAGGAGAACGAAGUACGAACAAUGGUGGAUCCCAACUCACGCAGCGACCCCAAACUGCAAGAACUAAUGAAGGUAUUAAUUGACUGGAUUAAUGAUGUGUUGGUUGGAGAACGAAUCAUCGUGAAAGACCUGGCUGAAGAUUUAUAUGAUGGACAAGUCCUGCAGAAGCUUUUUGAGAAGCUUGAGAGUGAGAAGCUGAAUGUUGCUGAGGUCACCCAGUCAGAGAUUGCUCAGAAGCAAAAACUGCAGACUGUCCUGGAGAAGAUUAAUGAAACCCUGAAACUUCCUCCCAGGAGCAUCAAGUGGAACGUGGACUCUGUUCAUGCCAAGAGCCUGGUGGCCAUCCUACAUCUGCUGGUUGCUCUCUCUCAGUAUUUCCGGGCACCAAUCCGACUCCCAGACCAUGUUUCCAUCCAAGUGGUUGUGGUCCAGAAACGAGAAGGAAUCCUCCAGUCUCGGCAAAUCCAAGAGGAAAUAACUGGUAACACAGAGGCUCUAUCUGGGAGGCAUGAGCGUGAUGCCUUUGACACCUUGUUUGACCACGCCCCAGACAAACUCAACGUGGUGAAAAAGACGCUCAUCACCUUCGUGAACAAGCACCUGAAUAAGCUGAACCUGGAGGUCACAGAACUGGAAACCCAGUUUGCAGAUGGGGUGUACCUGGUGCUACUCAUGGGCCUCCUGGAGGGCUAUUUUGUGCCCCUGCACAGCUUCUUCCUGACUCCAGACAGCUUUGAGCAGAAGGUCUUGAAUGUCUCCUUUGCCUUUGAGCUCAUGCAAGAUGGAGGGUUGGAAAAGCCAAAGCCACGGCCAGAAGACAUCGUCAACUGUGACCUGAAAUCCACGCUGCGAGUGCUGUACAACCUCUUCACCAAGUACCGGAACGUGGAGUGAGGAGCCACUGGGAAGUUUGUGCUGUCGGCACACUGUACCACCGUCCAAACUGCCCUAAUCUGCUUACCCCUGUCUCUUGCUCUGUGCUCUCCCACAAGUCCAGCUCCAACCCAGAGAUAGUGGGAAUUGAAAUUAGGAAGGAAAUGAUCCCCAACUCAGCGAGCUGACCCACACCUCCCAUACCCUGGGAACUCACCUGACAAUGAAGGUUGAGAAGGUUGUCCCCAUCCUGGUGCCAGAUCCAAAUUUCCCACUAUGUUUUGAGAACCAGUUUAGGUAAAAGAGAGUCACCAGAGGAUGAAAAUUAAGAUCACAGUUACUAU